CUUGGGAUGUUUUUUAUGAAGAUAAUGAAGAUUAUCAACAUUUUGAACAUGAAGUUGUUAAUUAUGUUGACGAAGUUAAUGAUAUGAAAGAAAAUGAAGUGAAUGUGAUCGAUGAAGAAAAUGUUAAAAAAGAAGAAACAGAAGAGGGAAGCUUAAAAUUCGAUGGACAAACUAUCAUUUCAAUAAGUGAUGAUGAUGAUAGUGCAUGUAGUUGUAUUGAGUAUGGAGGUAGUUGUGAGGAUUGUUUUCUUAAAAAGUUUAAACCUGAAUAUGAUUCAGAAGAUAAUUUUAAUUAUGAUAAUUAUAAUGAAGCUUAUCAUAAUACAUUUAAUGAUGAUGGAAGGGAAUAUAAUGAAAAUUAUCGUACUGCCAAUACGAAUAAUUUUGAUUAUGAGGAAAAUGAGAGUGAUGAUGGUUAUGAAGGGUUUUUACAAAAGAGAGAAUAUGAUAGUUAUGAUAAAUAUUUAGAGGACAAAAACAUCCAAAAUUUUGAAUAUUACAUGUCACAACGUUCUCAAUGUAAAUAA